UUCAGGAUCUGUCCUUCCAGUGAGCACUCGGGGCUGAUUUCUUUCAGAAUGGAUAGGUUUGAUCUUCUUGCAGUCCAUGGGACUCUCAAGAGUCCCCUCCAGCACCAUAAUUCAAAAGCAUCAAUUCUUCAGCGAUCAGCCUUCUUGAUGGUCCAGCUCUCUCAGCUUCAGGAUCUGUCCUUCCAGUGAGCACUCAGGGCUGAUUUCCUUCAGAAUGGAGAGGUUUGAUCUUCUUGCAGUCCAUGGGACUCUCAAGAGUCUCUUCCAGCACCAAAAUUCAAAAGCAUCAAUUCUUCAGUAAUCAGCCUUCUUGAUGGUCCAGCUCUCAGCUUCAGGAUCUGUCCUUCCAGUGAGCACUCAGGGCUGAUUUCCUUCAGAAUGGAUAGGCAAUAGUGUAAAGCUCACCCAAAAAAUAAAAAUAGAUCGCUUGGAUUUGCUCCUCGGGCCCCUUGGUAUCAGAUCUCUCCUCCCAACAUCUCAGUGACUGCGCCUGCAUGCACACACAAACACAGCGAGAGCCAGAGAGCCAGAGCAAGCUGAAAUCGGAUCAGGAGAGAGAGAGGAGGGGGAGGGGAAGGGUGCCCCUGAUUUGCUGCUCGGAGCAUCAAUGCAGACAGGAGAAAGCGAGACUUGCUAGGACCCAGAGGCUUGCAAAAUCCAAGGGAGUCAUCUUUUCAUCAGAGUCCCAGAGGUUUAGCAGUUUCUUCUUCUGGUGGUGGGAUGUGCAAGUGAAGCUGGUACCCAGCCCAGGGGAAAGAUCCUUUCCUGGUGAAAUCUAGAAUUGGAUCGAGGGCGCACCGGAAGAUCAAGAAGGCCUCCGAGAGCAGGGCUGCUGGCCUGGGUGCCUACCGUCUCGUUGCGAUGCUUGAAUAAAAGGAGCAAGCACGUGGGUUGCGUCAUGGAAGGAUGGUCUGGCAACUGGGGCCGGCGGCACCUCAUGGCUCCCCACGAAGGAGAAGACCCCCCCAACCAUGCUCCUGACUUUGUUCACGUGAGACAUCCUGCCUUGGCACCCAAGUUACGCUGAUCGAGGCUCCAACCUAAGGCCAGGACGGCGACAUGAAAAACGACAAGGGCCAGCGCGCAGUUGUCUUUGUGGUUCUGUUUGGUCUGGUUAUGCUGCUAAUCAUCUACAACGGCAGGAGUGAGGUCUUCCACUACACUGCGGUGAAAGUGAAGCCCCCGCUGCCUUCUAGCCUCAAGAAAUGGGGGGUGAAGAAUGGGUACCUGCCAGUCUCUGGAAACAAGACUUUGGAUCAUCACUGCAGCCAAUGCGUGAUCGUCACCAGUUCCAGUCACCUGCUGGGGAGCAAGCUGGGGGCAGCAAUUGACCAGUCGGAGUGCACAAUCCGCAUGAAUGAUGCUCCCACGACAGCCUACGAAGUGGAUGUUGGCAACAAGACGACCUUUAGGGUGGUGGCCCAUUCGAGUAUCUUCCGGGUCCUGAAGAGACCACAGGAGUUUGUCAACAAGACUCCGGACACCGUCUUGAUCUUUUGGGGGCCACCGGUCAGGAUGCAGAAGAGCUUGCUGAAGGUCAUCCAGCGGGUCAGCGGGUCGUUCCCCAACAUGACAGCCUUUGUAGCUUCCCCCAGUCGCAUGAAACAGUUUGAUGACUUGUUCAAAAAGGAGACAGGGAAGGACAGAGUGACGUCACGGUCAUGGCUGAGCACCGGCUGGUUCACAAUGGUGAUUGCCGUUGAGCUGUGUGACAAGAUCCACGUCUAUGGAAUGGUCCCUCCCGAGUAUUGCAUCAGGAAGCCUCCGCCCCACAAGUUGCCCUACCACUACUAUGAGCCGAAGGGUCCGGAUGAAUGUGCCACCUACAUCCACAACGAGCAAAGCCGAAAGGGGCACCACCACCGGUUCAUCACUGAGAAGCGGGUCUUUGCCAAGUGGGCAAGUCUCUACAACAUCACCUUCUCCUACCCGAACUGGGACUGAAGCUCCCCGUGGGGUGGGGCGGAGGAGAAACCACACAAGUGCCAAACCCAUGGACCUGCGGGGCAGUCGGGAGGAGCUUCUGGGGCACGCAGCCCUUUCCACAACAGGAGGAGGGAAAGAGAUGUCCUCGAAGGUGGCUCAAGGGCCACCGUUGCUCCUAGCCCCAUGCCUUCCUUGUGCCAGGCCGCCAGGCCGCUCAGCUGCUGUUUUAAAUUUCCCACAAUGCCCUUGGGCAUGAUGCUUUGGAUGACUUGGAUGCUCCCCCCCCCCCACACUCCUUAAACACUGGAGCUCACAGCCCGUUGCUGCCAAGAAACCUCAUGGUUUGAAACCCCACCAGAGGGCCUGUAUUAGCACACAAAACGACCCCUGUCGGAUCAGGAUGAGAGCUUGGCACCUGGUAUCUGCCAAAAAGGUACUUCCGAGAAUCUUGCAAGAAAGGCAGCCCUCCACUGUGUUUUGCCUCCUGCUCAGAGCAGGUAUACAGAGGUAGACUUCCUUUGUACAUGGAGGUUCGGUUCUCAGCUGUCACAGUGAAGAGCUGUGGGCAAGACCAUGAAUUUUACCCAGCCCUUUUGUAACAGGGAUGGGCAACCUUUUUGAGAGGGUGAAGGACAGCACUCCCUUGUGGGAGGGAGAAGUGGGUUGUGGGGGUUGGGAGGGGAACGGAAAUGCUGCUAACUUUUUAAUAGGGACUUUUUACUUUUACCAAAAAAAACUGCAAGGCAAAUGUUGAAACGUGGAGAACUGGAGAUUGGAAAUAAUGAGACAUUGUGAGAAACCAAAACCGUCGGAUUUGCUCAACCACCUGCUAUGGCUCCUCUUCCCCCCACCCCCACAAGCCUGCUAGCUCACCUUAUCCCUGUGCCAACUCUUUGCAUUACUAACAGAACAUCCUGCAAAUAGACCCAAGAGGAGCUGGAAAGAAGAGUGGCAUGGAGUGGAACAGAUCAAAGAUUUUGUUUUUUAUUCCAGGGAGGCAAGCCAUGUGCCGCUAGUCUGCUGUUUACUUGAGAAGCGGGUUUGUGUUUUGCUUAGUUUUUAUUAAGCUUGCAUCAGCUGGCCAAAAUGAGCCCAGCCAUACGGUAGGAGCCAACUCCUAGGGGCCGAGGUCUCUUCAAUCCUCCCAAGAAAACAUUUGAUGGUGCUGGAGCGCCAAAGUUGGUGGGCAUUGCCAUUCAAAUGGUGUGUUGUGCGCACUGCAUCUUGUGAUCAAUUAUGCAGGACAGAACUUACCUGCCCCCCCCCUAUUUUAUUCAAGUUGGCACCCCUGAGCCCAGCCCCUCGAGAGGGAGGGAGGUAAAAUGGAGAAACCAGAGGUGGCCUCAGCUCAGUCCAGUGGUGCCUGGUGCCCUGGUGGGCAAAAGAGAGGGAGCCCAAUAGAAGGGCGAACCAGAGCUAAUGAUAGGCAGAGCCAACUCUACUCAUCAUCCUGGAGACUAUUGACUAGUGGGUUGCCGCAGGGUUCUGUCUUGGGCCCAGUCUUAUUCAACAUCUUCAUCAAUGACUUGGAUGAUGGGCUUGAGGGCAUCCUGACAGGGGCGUACCCAGGAUCAAAACUAGGGG